GAGCACCAGCAACAUGAAUCUUCGACUCGCGUCUGCGGCUUUUACUGCACGAGACAUUGGUCGCUUCACACAAGCUUGUAUCUUGCUAAGCUACGAACGAACGCAACGGUACCCGACUUGAAGCAAAUUUGCAAACGUAGGGCGUCCUUCACCAGCGCCCUCCCCUCAAACGACCCGCUAUGAGCCGCAGCUCAGAUGGAGGAGGCUAAGGGCCCUCAAGCGAGCCCGUCUGCGUCGCCUGUGCAGCCUCAGCUGCCGGCGGGGCCGCCAAGCGGACCAAGCACCUCCGCACAGCAAGCUGACCAGGAAGCCUUUCCCAAGGCGCGGAAGCCGUAUAUAAUAACCAAGCAGCGAGAGAGAUGGACGGAGGAGGAGCACAACAAAUUUCUCGAGGCGCUUAAGUUAUAUGGUCGCGCAUGGCGGAAAAUUGAAGAGCACGUCAGCACCAAGACGGCUGUGCAAAUCCGGAGCCAUGCGCAGAAGUUCAUCAACAAGCUGGAGAGGAACAAGGACACGGGGUCGACUGAAGACGGCGAGGGUAUCAGCAUUCCGCCGCCCCGGCCCAAGCGCAAGCCCACGCGGCCUUACCCGCGGAAGGACCCACUGGGUGACAGCGCUAGCGGCGCCGCGGACAUCAUGAGCGGCGUCAACAGCGGUGGCGGUGCAGGUGGUGGCGGCGAUCCCACUGGAAGCCAGGGCCUGACAAACAGUCAGCAACAGCAGCAGCAUCACCUGCUACAGUCCAAGUUUUCACUGCCCGCAGCGCCGCGGUCAUCCCAACUGCUGCAACCGCCUGCAAGCUCGCUCCAACCCUUGCCGUUGCAACUGCCGUUGACGUUGCAGUCGCAAGGGCAGCAACUGCCGUUAACGCCGGUGGCGGCGGCAGCCGCGGCGGCGGCGAUUAAGCAGCAACAGCAGCUCCUACAGCAGCAACAACAGAUGUUGGAUAAGCAGCAGUCCUCGGCAUAUGCGGAGGUUACGGACGCGACUGUGGCUGCGGUGGCGGCGGCGGCUUCAGCUGCUGCUGCGGCGGCGGCAGCGGCGGUGGUGGCGGCGGCGGGGCAGCAGGUCCAAGCGCACUUGCAGGCGCAUCCGCCGCAGGGGUUUCCCUUCUUCGGCAUGCCCCCGUCACUACUGGCGCAGAUAACACUGCAGAACCCUGCCCUGGAGGGGAUGAGCUGGUCCGGGGAUGGAGUCGUCGGCGUCGGUGGUGGAAGCUCCCAUGCAAACCCCUACGUACAAGGACACGCCAACGGCGGCGCCGGCGGCGGUGGCGGCGGCGGCGAAACGGCUCACGGCGAUUCCUGGGCGGAUCAUUUGCACGGCAGCGGCGCUGGAUGGGCGGCAUCCGCGCACGACAGAUGGCACCAUACGCACCACCACCACCACCACCAUCACCACCACCAUGGAGCCACGGACAGGUCUCAGCAACACCAACAGGCGCUUGCCGAGGCGACAGCGACCACAACCGACGCCGAGAACCAGGUUGCCCUGCUAGGGGGUGAACUGGUGCGCAUGGGCGUGGGCGGGGGGCAGGAAUCGCGGGGCAGCGAUGGGAACAGCGUGGUUACGGAGCGGGAGGGCGAGCAGGGCAGCGACCGGGACGGAGGCGACGAUGUGGGGGGAGGCGGCGGUGACGCGGACGACAUGGGUGCGGAGGCGGGAGUUGGGGAGCAGGCGGCGCAGAGCAACCGCGAGGAUGGUCAGUGGGCGAAUGGAGCGCCGGAGGGAGACAUGGGCCGCCCCGGGCUGACCACGGCGCAAUACUGGCAAAUCCUAGGCCACCCGUCCCGAGAUCGAGAUCGGGAGCGAGACGGGGGCAACGCGCACGGCCACGGGCAUGGUCACAGCGGCCACAACAAGUCCCUGAGUAACAGCACGCGCACCACUACCGGGAGCGGCGGGGUGCUGCAGGGUGUCGGCAAGGGCGGCUCCGGAAGCGCCAAGACGCAUGUUCACAAGGAGCCCACUGGCUUCGCAAGGGAGGGGCAUAAGAAGGCCACGCCGCGCGCCUCCUCGCCCUGCUACAGCGACGUGAGCCAACAGGUGGAGCGCAGCCGCCCGCAGCGGCACCCCCACACCCACCACCACCGCCAAGACCCCAACUCGCCGUCCGUACAGGACGCAAGUGGCAAGCCGGCAAAUCGGGGCGAGUGCGGGAGUUCGGAGACCAACGGCAGCGACAGCCGGUUGCUGGCCGCGCGCAAUGACACCGAAAACAGGGAAGCCCAAGGAUCAAACCCAACCAAUCAUAACAACGGAAACGGCAAUGGCAGCUCUGGAAACGGCUCUAACGGCAAUGGAAACGGCAGUGGGUCACAAGGGAAUGGCUCACAGGGCAAUGGAAAUGGAAGCUCAGGGAAUGGUGGAGAUGGCAGCGGCGGCAGUGGAGGCAACGGCAGCGGCAGUGGGGGCAACGGCAACGGUCAUAGCAUUAAGGACAGCAACAACCCAAAUGGCAACGGCAACGGCCACAGCAGUGCCAACGGCACCAGUCAACAUCACAACCAUGCACAUGCGCACGUGCACGCACAUGCGCACGCACAUGCGCACGCACAUGCGCACGCCCACGCCCACACGCUGCCGCGCUCCCUCACCUACGACGCCGGCCGCUACCCGGCCCAUCGAGAGGUGCAAUACCGAGACGGCAACGGCGCAUCAGCCAUCGGCGCGAGACCUCCGAGCUCUGAAGAGGAAGACAACAAUGGAAUGGCGGGACCGGCCGCGGGAGCAGUGGAUGGCGCCGGCGGCGGCACAACCGACGGCGACGGAGGAGGCGGUGGCGGCGGCCGAGCUGUGCCUGACGGCAGCGCCGCCGUUGGUUACUGUGGUAGCAGUCGUGGCGGCACGGGUGCCAGCGGAAACAGCGGCAAGGGCCCAUCGUCUGGGGCUGCAGGAGGCGCCGGCGCCGGCGGAAGUGGCAGCGACGGCAGCGGCGGCAAGGGUGACGGCGCCGGCAGCGGAGGUGGCGGAAGUGGCGGCGCCGCGGGCGAUAGCGUCAGCGGCCAGCCGCCUCGUCUUGCUGGUGGCGGCGGUGGCGUUGGUUGUGGUGGUGGAAGUGGCUUGCGGAGACCUGACGGCGCGUUGGCGCUUGUUUCUGGCCCGGACCGACCCGUGGGUCAGGUGGCCGGUUCUGCGUUUUCCGUGCCGCCGCCGUCCUUGUCAUCCCGCGGUCGUACUGCCAGUGGCGGUAUUGCAGUUGGAGGAGGCGCUCCCACCGGCAUACGGGAUGUGCAGAGCCUACUCGCGCAGCUGCAAGCCCACGCUUCCCUAGCACCCUACCAAACGGCAGUAGCCGGACGGCUGCCGUCGUUUCCACAACAGGCAAUGCAUACGGCCACGUCGGCUGCGCAGCCUUUCUACAACACUGCGGCCGCCGCAGCGAAUGCCGUACACCAAGGCUUGCUAUCCGCCGUACAACAGCAGCUGCUUCCACCGGUGCCGGCGGCGGUGCCGCCGCCGCCGCCUCCUUCGCCGACGCUAGCGUCCACGGCCGCUAUGGCGGCUGCGACAGCCGCCGCCGCGGCGGCUAGUAAGCUCCCCCUGAAGUUGGAAUCUGAUACGACACCGUUCGCGGUUGCGCUAACCCAAAUGGCGCAAGGUGCUUUCGUGCCUCGACAGCAACAGCAAGAGGGAGUUUCGGAGCUUCCGCCCGUAGCGCCGUUGUCCGCGGCCGGCUUGGGUCCUUCCGGGCUGCUGGGAAGCUCCGGAGCCGCUAGCGGCAGCGGGGGCCAACAUGGCGCGGGUUCGGUUGCUGUGGCCAACGCUGCAUUGCCCGCAAACGCCGCGUUGGCGUACGAACAGCUCUUUGCAAUGGUGAAGGGAGUCGCUCCGCAGUCCCAGGGGCAGCAGCCGCGGCAGCAGCAUCGGAGCACGGCUGACUACCUGGCAAGAUCUUCAUCGUCCAAGCCUGCCCCGGAGGCGCUAUUGCAGGAGCUGCGAGGCGCGGCUACCGCUGGGACGGCGGCGGCAGCGGCGGCGGCGGCAGCGGCGCUGGGUGUUGACGGCGGCGCAGGUGCCGCUCGCGCUCCGUCGCUAGGGCUGUCGGCCGGCCGCCAAACGUCGCUGCCGUUACCGUUGUCCAACGUCCCGCUGUUGGCUGCUGCCGCAAUUGCAGCAGCGCAGCAGCAGGAGCAGGAGCAGGCUCAGCAGCUGGUUUCGCCGCUGGCUGCCGGUCCCGGUAGGAAAGGUGCCGGCGAUGGGAAGGGCAGCCGCAGCAGCUGCAGCGCCGGGCCGGGGGAUGUAAUGCUGGGUGCAACGACAACGCUGCCGAUCCACGUCAACGCAGGCGGCGGCGGAGCUAUCGGCGGCGUUAGCGGUGGGGAAGCCCUGGUGACGGCGCCGCCUGCGGAGCGGCGGAGGCGAUCCCUGUUCCCCGAAGGCAGCCUUGGCGAAAGGGACAUGUUCGUAAACAUCGACGGUGUUUCUGGCGUGGGCGGUGGUGGUGGCGGUGGCGGUGCUGGCUCUGCGGUAGCCGCAGCGGCCGCGGCGGCAGCAGCAGCGGCUACUGGUCAAGGCAUGUCUCGACGAGGUAGCGGCGAGAUCUCGCGUCCAUCGCCCCGACAUGCUUCGCCCAUCGCUCCCCCUGCAUGGGCUCUCCGCAGGGCUUCGUCCGAGGCCCCAGAGGCGCUGUCAUUGCCCGGCAGAACCCCGCAGGAACAGCAGCAGCAGCAGCAGCAGCAUAGGAUGAUGCGUCAAGCGCCUCCGCAGCCGCUGCCACCGCGACCGACCCAUGGGUCACAACAGGCCGGCAAACCCCGUGAUUCACCAGCGGUGGGGGCUGCAGCGGCGGCUGGCGGUGGGGGCAAGCGAACCACCAGCAGCAGGCCCAACGGCGCAUCGGCAGCGGAUCAGACGCUCAGUCCUCCGCGCAAAAGGCAACAUCAAGCCUAAGGCCCUAUGUGCCUUUGGCUUGUAGACCUCUAGCACCUUCCCUUCUUAUGACCACUGUCGGCGUCCCUGGCUCGCCACCGUACAGUCGGCGGCGGGACACGACGUGGAUAGGCAUGGAUACGCACAGGAAAGAGAAUGGCUGAGAAGAGAACAGUGAGGCAUUCACGGUUAGAUGCCCUGUGGUGGCAAAAGUACAUCCGAGAUCCGAGGCAGAGGGUAAUGAUGCUGCGGCGCUGGCAAGAGGAGGGACGGAGAGAAGAAAAGACACUUGGGUUAGUUUUCUGUACCGGUAAUGGGAGUCGUUGACCAAAACGCUCCGAUCCCGAGGGACGCCGGCAGUUAAGUACGGAACAUAACUGGGGUUUGCGUGGCAGCGGAUCACUGCUUUCUUGACUGUUAAGCUUGGUUUGUAGUCCGUCGGUUUUAUGACAUGUCAGGUUAGCCUGUACACGUAGCGUUGGGGGCUGGGCUUACGGCAUGCUGGGCUUACGGUGCUGUGCAACGAGUGCUCUGGGUGCUGCUUAUGCUAAGGUCUUACGAGGUCUCACGAGGCCUGGCCUAACCACUGGUCUGCAAGUGCGGCAGGCGGCGGUAGCUGCUCAUCCCGCAUGCGCUGUCAUGUGUCAAUUGACGGGUGUCAAUGAGAGCCGGUGUCGCUGACUCAUACCGUGCACACGCGUUCUCUGGCAUGUGAGGCGUCCCCAUGUUUUGUUCAUGCGCAAAAUUAAGGAGAGCUCGGAGGGUUGUGAUGCACCGUGUGUGAGAUACGACCGCCCGUGGCCUUGUCGAGAGCACAUUGCUCUGUUUGGGUUGUAAACGGCGACUUCGCGUGAGAAAAUGUUGAGCCGGUCAUGAGAUGUAAGGCGCGAGAAUGGGAGUUAGGUUCCGCUGUACGGCAGUUCAAGGGACUGGCUGUACGGUGGAUGGUGUGUUACCUCAGAUCAGGGCCUCGGGCAUUCUGCCGCUCUGCAUACUGUUCCUCGCCCAUUAAGGCUUUAAUGGGGCUUGGACAUUUUGGUUUGCAAAGAUAUUGUGUAUGUGGGCAUGGCAGGUGCGUGUUGGGUAAUCGAUAUGUGGGUGUUUGGGUUCUGAGGGCGGAGGCGGGGAAUGUGUGUGAUAGGGGCAAUCCUAACGCCGGACAAGGCAGGGUCGCUCCAGCAAUGCUUAAUACUAUUUGUCUGCCUGGUGAGCCUGUAGGAAACACGGCGAGGUGCAUCUGGCUGAUAUGUUCGGUCACCGAAGUCGACGUCCUGGUAUGGUAGUAGCUGUUUUGAUACCGGCCCUGCCAUGUCUUGGAUGUUAGGGUUGGCAAGGCACCUCCGGGAAACGCAGAUCUCGUGCGGGGGGCGCGCGUUUGGUCACUGUACGUUUUCCAUCGUAAUUACCCAUGAGCCUGUAGCACGGGGGUUCCACACAGGCACUAGACGAGGCCCGGCAUAGCGUCUAUGCACUUCAGUCGCCAUAUUGGUUGGCGGCUUUGCAAUGCUGCUGCUAUUGUUCGCAUGCUUCGCCGGUGUAGGAGUUUUCUAUGUACUAGCGUACUGGCGUUUGCCGCAUUAAUAGACGUGUUGUGUUGCUGGGAACCCCGUGGUGAGGUUUUCACGUGUCGAGCAUUAGUCGGGAAGAUGGAGCUCGCCCUGUUGACUGUAGAUGGCAUCCCGUUGUCUCCCCUGCCACAUGCAUGGUGUUUACAAGGAGG